AUGGCAGUGACGUUAGCAUGGAACGGGAAGAAAUCCCGCAUGGAUGUACCCGUUGUGUGGUGUGCCUGCAGCGGCACGCUGAAACGGGAUCUGCUGCUAAAUAGGUCAGUACUGAAAGGCGAGGCAGUUAGCGCCGGUUCCUGUUUGGAGUGGGGCCAGCUUGGGCCGCCCGUAGCUGGUUUCAGCCGGCCAGAUCCGGCGUCGCCCGGCCCGGCAGCCCUGCCCGGCAGAGCCCCGGAGCACCUAAACGUGCCUAAUGCUGCCCAAUCUGCCUUGGCUCAGCCUUGGCCCAACUGGGACACUUCAGAGGAAUUGCACGCAGUGAAGCUGAAUGCACUCUGCUUUUCAGAACUUAGACAGCUCCAGAAACUUGUGGAUGUUUUCCAUAUAUUAUUUUUAAGUCAUGUUUUUAACUGUGCGUUAAGAAUGUGUACGAACUUCACCCUUGCCGAGCUCGGCAUCUGCGAGCCCUCCCCGCACCGCAGCGGCUACUGCUCGGACAUAGGGAUCCUGCGGCAGGGCUAUUCCCUGAGCACGGGCUCGGACGCCGACUCGGACACGGAGGGCGGCAUGUCCCCCGAGCACGCCAUACGCCUCUGGGGCAGGGGCAUGAAGUCCCGGCGCAGCUCCGGCCUCUCCAGUCGGGAGAACUCGGCCCUCACCCUUACCGAUUCCGACAAUGACAACAAGUCCGACGAGGAGAACGGUCGUCCCAUUCCACCUACAUCCUCGUCUAGCCUUCUUCCAUCUGCUCAACUGCCCAGUUCUCAUAAUCCUCCACCAGUUAGCUGCCAGAUGCCCUUGCUAGACAGCAACACGUCCCAUCAAAUCAUGGACACCAAUCCUGAUGAGGAGUUCUCUCCUAAUUCUUACCUGCUAAGAGCAUGUUCAGGGCCACAGCAGACUUCCAGCAGUGGCCCUCCAAAUCACCACAGCCAGUCAACGCUGAGGCCACCUCUCCCUCCUCCUCACAACCAUUCCCUGUCCCAUCAUCACUCAUCCGCCAACUCGCUCAACAGGAAUUCCCUCACCAACCGCAGGCCCCAGAUCCACGCGCCGGCCCCGGCACCCAACGACCUGGCCACCACCCCCGAGUCCGUGCAGCUCCAGGACAGCUGGGUGCUCAACAGCAACGUGCCGCUGGAAACCAGCUGGGAUAUGGAGUGCUCAGCGUAUUUAACUAGUGCUUUAAAUAGCAGAGCUGAUCUCCCAGAAAUUGCAAUUAGCCCUUGUGAUGCUGUUUACAGGAGCAAGCGUCCCCGCUCACGGGAGCGUGCCGUCAUCUCGCCGUUCUGCCUGCGCCGUUGGGGAGCGCCAAGCUGUGCCACGCGCUCCUGA